AUGACCGCUAAUCUGUCAUCGGGGGUGCUCGUAGCGGCGCUGAAGAACGGUGAUAUCGUUCUCUGGACCGGACUAGAUGGCUUCUUGAACGACUCUACAGAGGCGACAGUGGCAAGCAUCCCCAUCGCAUCGCCGCGGAUUCGGCUUCGUAGGACCGAUAGCAUCCUCGAUAAUCCCGACUUGCACUCCAUUUCCAUCACGCAUCUUGAUGCCGAAUACGCCACGCUUCUAGUUGCUUAUGCCGAUCAGCCAUAUCUUUAUCGCCUCCAUGUGAACCUGGUCACAAAGGCAGUGACCACGUAUCUCUUUGGCGAAGAUUCAGAAGGAUACGUCUCCGCCGUCGAAGCCGUCCUCACUCCCACUGCGUCCCUUUCAGCCUCGCCGGAAACCAAAGAACGUGCUCUCGUUCUUGUUGGGGACCAGCUCGGAUUCAUCAGUAUCUUCGACUGGAGCUCCUUCACCGAAUCCUCCAGCACUACCGCACAAAGCACUAUCAGCCCCAUCAACACCUCCCCUCCUAGGGCUUCUUCCGCCAGCGCACCGUCCCUCAUCCUCCCUACGCACAAAUUUCAAGCCUUCGACAACGGAUCUGUCACCGCGAUCGCGUGGUCACCCACAGUGGUAGUCGUAGGCUCCUCGCGUGGGAGUACAACAGUGUACGACGCCAUAACACUCGUGCCGCUUCGGUACUUUGUCUCGCCUGCGUCGCGUCCGCGCGCGGGCGGUGCCUGGGCGGGUGUAAGCCAGAUUCUGCUCGAGCGCGAGUCGGUGUGCAUUGGUGUUGGGGGGAGGGUGAUGUCGUGGGUCGUUGGGCCUGUGCCUGGGAAGGAUAGCAGGCACUGGAAAGGGUCAUCGAGGAAGCACGCUGGUAAGGGGUCGUCGAGGGCGAUUGCGACGAGUAAGGGGUUUUCGCAAUACGAGAUGCUUAAGGACAUCAAAGAGUCGCGCAAGGAGCUCGAGAGCGAGCGCGCAUAUGCGCAGCGUGUUUAUGGCCGCGAGCGCGAGCAGCGCACCGGGCUUGACGUUCUCGGGCUGAGCGAGCAGGAGGCGGUCGCGUAUGUGCUCAUGCUCUCGCGCGACGAGGAAGAGCGGAAGCGGCGACAGCAAAUGCAAGCGUCCAGCGUCGACGAGGGCGUGUUCCUAGGUGACUUUGAUGAUGUCCCACAGGCGGGCCCGUCGUUGUCUUCUGCAUGGCAGCGUGCCGGUGGUUCAGACUCAGGUAGACAUAGAGAGAGGCACAAGGAGAGGCCUGGACCACGCGUAGAGGCUCCGAGGACCAACGAGAAGGUUCAAGUGUCCCCGCCGUAUGUUGCCGAGCCACGCGAGGCAGGCGCUAGCGCGAUUUCGGCUGCCCUCAGUGUUUCUGCUUCCGCGGCCAACAACUCCAACUCCAACUCGGGCUCGGGCUCUGAUGCGUCGACACCCCCUGCAACCGGAUCGGAUCAGGACCACUUCCCACCCGUCAGCUCGAGCGCGUCGGCCUCGGAGAGCGGACGCUCGUUCUCACGUUCUCCCGCUAGCGGACCAGGAUUCGGAUACGGAGCCGCGCUUUCCAUGUCGCCCGCGGCGUCGCGCUCCGUAUCGCAUUCGAGUGCGGUGUCGGGUGUAUCGAGCAGCGUCGAGUCAUCGCGCUCUGCGUCUGCGUGGACCACGCCGCUGCGUUCGUCGUCUAUUCCUGUGACGCCGCCAGCUCAGAAUCGGAAUCAAAACCAGCGGUUGGCCGCGAUGGAAUAUAGUGGUCCCAGCAACAGCGGACGUAGGCAAGCUGCUCCGCGCAGUGUGAGCGGCUCGUCGUUUGCGGGGUCGGCUUCGCCGUCGUCGUUCUCGUCUGUGGCUGCGCGUGGGGGUAUGUCGUUGCUUUCGGCGGAGAUGGCGAGGCUUGGGCGUGGUGAGGGUGCGGAGAAUGCGGGUGUUGAAGCGGGCGGUGCUGGAGGAAGCGUUGCAGAAAGUGGUGGAGGAAGUGCUGGAGGUGGAGGGGUGGAAGAGGAGAUGGAUGAUGAUUUGAGGUUUGCGAUUGAGCUGAGUUUGGCGGAGGCGAGGAGUCGGGAGGAGGCUGGACAUACGUCGGGUAGAUGA